AUGGCUGCAUCUAAGUACAGGUUCCAAAAACUGUACGAGGAAAGACUGACGGCAGUUGCACAGAACAUGCAGGGAAACAUACGAAAUGCCCUCGCCUCAUACAGCAGAGAUGUCGACAACUUCAAUCACUUCCUUUCACUGAUACAAAAAGAGACCCAGGACGACUAUGAGUGGAGGCGAAAGGAGAGGGAUGACAGUCAUACUUGGUUAAUGGACGUUCAAGCUGAGGAGGUUGCUGACAGGAGCGCAGUCCACAUCUUACUCGAGCAGAUGAUGGUAGUGAACGAAAGAAUCACUUUUUACACAGGUCAAGCAGAACGGUCAGAAAAACAGAACACACAGAUCUACGCGGAGAUGCUGUGUUGGUUGGCAGAGACAUACCUCCAAGUAAACAUGCACCAGGAGGCCUGGGAUCGUCUGGAGGAGGCACGGAAGGCACUGGAGGCCAGGCCAGAUAGGGGAGAUGACUCCGUCCAACUGAGUUUUGCAAGAUACCACUAUGUAUCAGGUAUCUACUUCAGUCUUCGUGACGACUACAGACGGAAUGUCCGUCAGCUUGAUCAAGCUCUGGAGAUCCUGUCGAAGGUGAAGAUUGCCGGCAACCACGUCCUGCAUGCUCGGGUGAUGAACUCUCUGGGAUUUGCUCAUCACAACCAGGCCAAGAACAUGUGGAGGGGGCCAGCAUACCUGGAGAUGCUUCAGAAAAGCCUGGCCAUGCAUCAAAAGGCAUAUGACAUAAUAACCAGUGCUGUCGGAGAAGAUAACCACUUUGACUGUGCCACAUAUCUGAUGAACAUCGGUGUUGUUAACCUCGACAUCGGCUGGCAAUUCUCAAAUGCCAAAGAAGCCAAACAGUACUUCCGCAAAGCACUAGAGACAUUUUGCACCGCUGAAGAACUCGCCAAAGCCAUGAAACUUGAGGUUGGUAUUGUAAGCCACCCUGACAUUGCCGACUGUUUGUACUUCCUCGGGAAGUUGAGUAAAGACAACGGGGACCCCACAUUGGCCAUGAAGUACUACAAACAGAGCCUGGAUCACACUGCAGAACUAGGUCGGCAAUUAAACCUCCAGUAG